AUGUCACUUGAAUCAGUUCUAGCUCGACAUCUACCACAAAAUGAAUUAUUCAAAUUCAUCUAUAUCCAAUCAAAACCAAUUUACAUCAAAUCACCAAUAAACAUCCCCAAAUCAUGUAGUAAUCGACCAAAUACGAUCAAAAUACGACAUUUUUUCUGUUUAAUUAACCAAGACGUCAUUAUAUUAGGGAUUGAAGUGUUUGUUUAUUUACAAAUAUAUCCUACUCAUGUCGAUCAGUACAUAUUUGUAUCCAAGUGUGACACUACUGGAUUGAAGAAAUUGACUUAUCGUGUAGGAGAUAUUGUUGAGCUGGUGUUGCGAUGUAUUGUUGAUUAUGAUGUUGGAAGAUAUAAUAUUAAAGAGAGACUGUCGGACGAGCAACAAAAAGAAAAGGAGGAGACGAAUGGACAGAGGAAGAAGGAAGGUGCUACUUAUGUCAACGAAACUUUGGCAUUAAUUGAUAAAUUACAAACGAAAUUAUCAACCGAUCCCAACCAUUUUGAUACCCUAACAUACUACAGCAACAACGCUCACCUGCAACACAACUCAAAACCUAAUCGACUCCGCAAAUUGCCACCCCACAUCAAUUCAAACAUUUGUUUAUUCACUAAAACAGCACCACAAUACAUGUUCCCCAAUUCAUCGAAAAACAAAUACAAGCAUUUGUCUAAUGGACAAGUAUUGCUUAGCUGGUGGUUAAAAAUAAUUGAAUCUAUUUGUGGAACCAAAUGGCCAGUGAAGAGAUUAAUCAUUCCUGGAUCGGAUGAAAUUGCCAUGAAGAAAUUUAUUACUAGUUUACCAAAUUGGUCAAUUGGACAUAUCUUUGGUAACAAUCACACUAAAGAAACUAAAGGAGCCAGUGAAUAUGUGACUGGGAAACUUAAUUUGGCGGUUUAUAAUAUCCCACUUUUUCCCGACGAUCCAAAAGGUCGGUUUUUAGAACAUUUAAUUGUUGAAAAUCGAUAUUUUAAUGUAAACAUUGAUCGAUUUUAUCAAGAGUUGGGGUAUAGACAAGAGUUUAGACUAGGCGAUUGUGUUGGAUUGAUAGGUUGUAGUAAAACAGACAACCACACACAAAAUGGGUCUAAUGAUUAUAAUAAAGAAGAAGAGAAGGAGAAUGUGAUUGUGAUUACUGUUCAUCAGUAUAAACAGUUUAUUAACAAUGUAAUAAAACUGAUUAAUUUUGACAAAUUGAUUGAUGUUGAAUACUUGACUCAAGUUCAAAUUCCUGCAUUUUUCAAAGAGACUCUAAGGAUGGAUGAGUUCAAGUAUGGUGAAUUUAUUGGAGAAAAGCAGCAAAAAAUGAGUAUUCCUGUUGGUUCUAAUGGUGGAGAAAAAAGGGUCUUUCAACUGACAGAAGGAGCAGAUGCUAAUGGCAAAAAGGCUAAUGAUCUUACUGGGUUGAUCAAGCGAAAGAAGCGGUGA